AUGCCUCCAAGGGUGCUGCUGCUACCGGACACCAACCCAUUCGCCCCACUCCGGGAGCUCGAGGAACAGAAUAACAUUGAAGAGAAAGACCCACUGCCGGAGUUCACGGUUCGCUAUUUAGGCCGUAGCAACCAGCUAGCUGUUGACGCGGCUGAACCCGAGUGGAAUUGCCGUUCGUUUCGUAACAAGAGGGCUGAAAUAACCACGCGGUUCGCCAGCAAACAAGACAACUCCAGUCCAUUAGUCAUUGCCCUUCAAGAAGUCAACGGCCCCGUGCUUAAAAUAAUGGGCUAUGACGGCUACGCCCCGUCUGAAGACCUAGCUGCUCCCACGAAGACGGCAUUCACCACUCUUAGCGUUGUCGGUUGCCGGGUGGAAGUCUCAUCACAGCGUACACUUCUCGUCUUCUGCGUCUACGUGGUGCCCGAGAACACAAGGAAUAAAGCUAAUAAGGUGCCGGUUGAUCUCAGCUUCAUCUCCCACUUUAAGAAGCUCUAUCCACAAGACACCGUACUGUUGUGCGGGGACUUCAACUCUCAGCAUGUCGCCUGGGGAUACAACCAAUGUAGCCCGCGCGGCAGGCGCAUCAUGCAAGAUGCCUCGGAGUACAGGCUGACACUUCUCAAUACGCCCCAGACACACACGAGGCUGGCACAGACAGCUCGCCAAGCAGACACGUCACCAGAUCUUACCUGGAGCACCCGUCCACAGUUAUUUCGAUGGGAGGUGCUGGACGAUUGUAUGGGAAGCGACCACUUUCCGAUACUGAUACAUUUUCGCACAGGCUGCGCCAAUACGAAGAAGCAAGACGCCACUACACGGCUAAGUCACAUCACACACUGGGAUAAAUACCGCGAGUUCCUGCAGCAGCAGCCUCCAGCCAAGAACAUUGACCGUCUGGUAUCACAGCUAUGCGCAGCAAAGCGGAAAGCCACGAAGAACCUGAGGGUUCCUUUUGACCAUCCAGAGCCCGACAGACAUCUCCUCACCUUAUGGAAUAGAAGGCUACGGAUUCUCGCCCAGUACAGACGGUCUGGGCACGCUGCACACCACAAAGCACGGUUGCGCAAAAUACAGCGUACCAUUGAGGAAUAUACGACUACGCUCGCGUCAGACCGCUGGAUGGUAAUUUGUGAAUCCAUCAACGGGCAGACCCACACAUCAAAGGUUUGGGCCAUCCUGCGCUCUCUUCUCGGACAGCGCAAGACCUACAACGGCGCGGCUCGUGUGGCCCUCCGGGAAGGCAUCAGCGCUCAGGAGCUCGCCGAACAGGCCGCUCAAGUGUUUUUCCCGCAGACGUCUCACCCCACAGACACCACGUACCAGAAGGACGAAAGUUCUGAAGACAGCGAGCCACUCAAUAGUCCCUUCACCAUGCUCGAGCUGGAGCACGCCUUGCAGCACGCCAGCGCACGUGGUACUCCAGGAGCCGAUGGGGUGUGCGUUGCUCAUCUACGCAAUAUGCCCCUUGAGCAUAAACGCGCUCUUCUGGAAGAGUUUAACCGCAUCUGGGAUACUGGGAUUCUGCCCUCCACAUGGAAGUUUUCGGUGGUCAAGCCCAUUCCUAAGCCUGCACCCACGGGCUGUUGUUGGAGUGGACAUACGCAAGGCAUUCGAUGGCGUCCCACACAGUACGAUCAUGAACAAGGCACGUGCCCUUGGCGAGGGAAAAUGUACAACUUCAUAGCGGGUUUCCUAGAAGGGCGAAGCUACCAAGUCGAAAUUGGCCAAGACGCCAGUGCCGUGCGAAUGAACCACGUAGGUGUUCCUCAGGGCUCGGUGAUCUCACCCACUCUGUUUAAUAUAGCUAUGCACCAGCUACCAAGACGCCUUGCCGACGUAUCGGGCCUGAAACAUGCGGUGUAUGCCGAUGAUGUCACCGUGUGGACACAUCAAGGAUCCAUCGGUGAGCAGGAGGAUGUCUUACAAAGAGCCCUCAACAUUAUUCACGACUACGCACUGGAAACAGGCUUACAAACCGCCCCAGACAAAACAGAGUUCGUCGUCAUUCAUGGGGGCCGAUCCACCUUUGUCAAACAGGAAGAAAAGCGGUCGUUUAAACUUUAUAUCGGUAAUCAACCCAUAACGCGUAAAUCUACUAUCCGAAUACUCGGUAUGCACUUAGAUGAGAAUUGCACAGCGAGCACUUGGUUCAAACGCGUUACGAAGACAAGCAAACAAAUCGUGCACGCUUUACGCAGAAUCUCUAACCGUACUCGUGGAGUCAACGAACGUGAAAUGCGGCAGUUUGCUCAAGCUUUUCUCGUCUCUCGUAUCAUGUAUGGACUGCCGUAUCAUCCGGUCAACCGUACGCAAAUGCUCGCGCUCGACCGGUUACUCAACGAGGCCAAACGCAUUGUUACUGGACUUCCAAGGUACACACACCUCGACGCGCUCAAGAGCUGUAGCAAGCUCAACAACCUGUCCGAGCUCGUCGACGUGCACAUCCAAACACAGGAGACGAGGCUUCGUGCAACAAACGCCGGGCGACACACACUCAUGCUCCUCGGGUAUGACAUCCACACACUUCCCAUUUUGCCCAACAAAACGCCGCCAUGGGAAAUCACGGUACUCACCGAUGGCAAGCCACUUCCACUCAAUAUGGAUUCUAAUCAGCGAAUGCGGCGCCUCGCCUACGCCGAGAGGCAUGCUAAGGCUACGAGUUCCCUCCCUUUGACUGAACGCAUUAUAUACACGGACGCUGCACUUCCUACAGACGGCACCAGUAACACUUGUUAUGCCACUGCGUGGUACGACCAGACAAACGGAACUCAGAACCGACGCCAUCAUGUAUCAGCAGAAGCGAUGUACAGCACCCGAGCAGAGCUAGUGGCCAUCCUAGAUUAUUUGGAGUGGGCCCUCGAAACUGCAUCGGAAACUGAACCCGUUCAUCAUCGUGUUUACACAGACUCACAGGCUGCCCAUCGGGCAUGUGCUAACGUUCUUUAUACAGACCCUGUACUGCAGAAGAUCCGGCACCAGGCGCGCCUACUCCGCGAAUGCGGUCACGACGUCACCAUCCUCUGGGUCCCCGCACAUUGUGGUAUCCCCGGAAACGAGAAGGCUCACAGAUUAGCGCGUGCUCAUCUCUCCACCGCGCUAGCCAGAGCCUCUUAUACUCAAUUUCCUCUUCUAGCUACCACACCCGAGCUAGCAGAUCCGAUCGCAGAAAAGCAUAUUACUAAACAACGUCGUGCCGCUUACCUCACAGCAGUGGGCAAUCCACUGUCGAUACCGUCGAUUCCGUCGAAGGUAUUUACACGACGAGAGUGUGUGUUGCUUCGGAGAAUUCAGACAGGAACACUCCUUACUCCUUUCUUGCUUAACCGAUUUCACAGGGGUGGCACACCACCACCCGUAACCGGUGUCUGCUCCACAUGCAACUGCCGUUCGGACCUCAACCACCUGUGUUGGGAGUGCCCCCUCUACAUCCCACCCCGGGUUCGUGCCCUGGCCACCAUAAAGCGGGGACCCUGGCCUUCCUCUCUCCGGACAUGGGCCUGUCCGGAUCCCACGCUUCCGGAUCGGGCCAUCGAGCUCUGGCGAGCACUCGUCUUGCUCCUCCAGGACCCGGCGGCACCACCGGUCGGCGAUCGGCUCCGCGACAGCCACAAGACUCAAGCGGCCCCCACUUAGCUGCCUCCAGAACGUCCUUUCAUAAAGCGGAGGCAGCUCUACCACUUCCUUCUACCCUAAC